AUGGUGGCUGCUAAAGUGGCUCUAACCAAGAGAGCUGAUCCAGCUGAGUUGAAAACAAUAUUUUUGAAGUAUGCAAGCGUGGAGAAGAAUGGCGAAUUCUUCAUGUCUCCUAACGACUUUGUCACACGGUACCUGAAGAUAAUUGGAGAUGGUUUGCCUAACGCGAGCACUGUACAGCUCCUUGCAGGUGUGGUGGAUCAGACAAAGGAUGGGUUGAUAUCCUUUCAAGAGUUUGUGGCGUUUGAAUCAGUCCUGUGUGCUCCAGAUGCGUUGUUCAUAGUAGCCUUUCAGCUGUUUGACAAGACUGGCAAAGGAGAAGUUACUUUUGAGGACGCUAAGCAAGUUUUUGGCCAGACCACGAUUCAUCAGCACAUUCCUUUUAACUGGAAUUCAGAGUUCGUACAGCUGCAUUUCGGAAAGGACAGAAAAAGACACCUAACAUACGCGGAGUUCACCCAGUUUUUACUGGAGAUACAGUUAGAACAUGCAAAACAAGCUUUUGUGCAGAGAGACAAUGCUCAGGCUGGAAGAGUCACAGCUAUGGACUUCAGGGACAUUAUGGUCACCAUCCGGCCACACAUGCUGACACCGUUUGUAGAAGAAUGUCUAGUCGCUGCUGCUGGAGGUACCACUUCCCAUCAGGUCAGCUUUUCCUAUUUUAAUGGAUUUAAUUCUCUCCUUAACAACAUGGAGCUCAUUAGGAAGAUCUACAGUACUCUGGCUGGAAACAGAAAAGAUGUGGAAGUCACUAAGGAGGAGUUUGUUCUGGCAGCUCAGAAAUUUGGUCAGGUUACACCCAUGGAAGUUGACAUCUUGUUUCAGUUAGCAGAUCUCUAUGAGCCACGGGGCCGCAUGACGUUAGCUGACAUCGAGAGGAUUGCCCCGCUGGAGGAAGGGACCUUGCCCUACAACCUGGCCGAGGCUCAGAGGCAGAAAGCUCCAGGCGAUGUGUCUCGACCUGUUCUCAUCCAGAUUGCAGAGUCAGCGUACAGGUUUGCCCUUGGUUCGGUUGCUGGAGCUGUAGGAGCCACUGCAGUCUACCCAAUUGACUUGGUAAAAACUCGAAUGCAAAACCAGCGCUCUACAGGCUCUUUUGUGGGAGAACUUAUGUACAAAAACAGCUUUGAUUGCUUCAAGAAAGUGCUACGUUAUGAAGGUUUCUUUGGGCUUUACAGAGGGCUGUUACCGCAGCUGUUGGGAGUAGCACCAGAGAAGGCCAUAAAACUUACUGUCAACGAUUUUGUGCGAGAUAAGUUUAUGGCUAAGGAUGGCUCCGUCCCGCUGGCUGCAGAGAUUCUCGCGGGUGGCUGCGCCGGAGGUUCUCAAGUGAUCUUUACCAAUCCGCUGGAGAUUGUCAAGAUUCGAUUACAGGUGGCUGGAGAAAUUACUACUGGUCCACGAGUUAGUGCCCUCACUGUAUUACGGGACUUGGGCUUCUUUGGCCUCUACAAGGGCGCUAAGGCGUGUUUUUUGCGCGACAUCCCCUUCUCCGCCAUUUACUUCCCGUGUUACGCUCACUUGAAAGCUUCGCUUGCGAACGAGGAUGGGAGGGUCAGCCCCGGCAACCUGCUCUUGGCUGGAUCGAUAGCUGGUAAGUGCCCGG